AUGUUAUAUUAAACAAUGAGAGUAAAGUGGACCUUUCUAAAAUACCCAAACUGAAAAGGAAAAUCAGGGGAGUUCCACGGCAAUCCAAGAGAGAGUGCAAAAACAAGAAUGAGGGGGAUAACACCAUGCACAUCAAUGCUGCAGCAGAUUGUCAACUUGAACAAAUUGCAACAGUACCUAGCUCUUUUGAGAGCUAUUCAACACCACUUCAAAGCUACAUGCAGCAGCUGCUGAUAUACAAAGGAUUUACCCCUAUUGGCAGCUAUUUCAAUAAAUUUGUAUUGAGAGAAUUUGCACAAGAAGAUAAAAAACUUGAGGUAAACACAUUUGUUUUUGUUGAAAGAGGUUCCAAGUCCUUUCAGGGUAGCUUUCGUUGGUCAUGGAGUUGUUCAUGCAACAUCCCUCGGUCAUCCUUUAUAAACGGAUUGUCUGGCAGCGUUGAUAUGUCAUAUGAUGUUUUUUUGCAACGCUACCCAACAUGCAUCCACAUUGAUGCAGUAGCAUUCCUUAUGGAAAGAUUUGAUGCAAGGGAGAAUUUACAUGCUGAAGAUCACAGCUACUCUCUUCACCAGUAUCAGCCAGAGAAUGAGAACAUCAAAAUUCAGGAGUUGUCCUGGGAUGGAGAAUACCUCUGUGUGACACAUGAGGACUGCAGUGGCAUUGUGUCAUACAAAGACAAAUUGCAUUGUUUAACUUGCAAAUCUUCAAAAUGUGUUCACACAACAUUUCUAUCAGAUAAUGCCAAAACAUAUCAGAUAGACUUACCAUACCAAGCAUUGACUAGUAUGCAGCCUAAACCAACUUCUUCCUCCAGCUCAUGGAUCAAAAUCUUGUCUUGGAAAGGUAUUCCCUUUAAGUUUGAAGCUGAAUUGAUGGCUGUGUAUUCUAAACCAGUAUUGGAAAGAAUUCCAUCUGGAGUACUUGUGGAGCCUCAUACAAGUGUCUGCAAGAUUUGUGGGAGUAUGUGGUUAAGUGAUGUUUCUCACAUCAAGUCAAUGCCACUAGUUGACAACAAAAGAACAACAGUAGUUCAAGUUGGUGAAAGAAAAUGCAGUAAUGUAAUGUGUACUGGUGUACUACGGUAUGAUGGACUGGAGCAUUGCAUAUUCCAUACAAGCCACACUCUCAUCGCUUAUGAAGUCCUAUUUGGGUUUAUGGACUUGUUCACCCGAAACAGAACAACUCUAUACACAUACUUCUUGUCACUGAAAGACAACCAUGAGAGGGGAAAUGACAAGAAGUUCCAGCAAACCUUUUCAUAUGCACAUUUCAAAUUUGCAUGGUAUGGCUUCUUGGAGAAGCUCUGCUCCACCAUCAAUUUUGAGGAGGGAUUCAGAUGUAUACAAUGUGGGUCAGCACCAGAUAGAUUGAUUAUGGAUGCCACCACAUUAGCCCACAGAAAAAAUUUAAAAACCUGGACCAACAACCUACAACAGAUGGCAUCUGAUAAUGUAUUGCACAUUCCGUACAGCUCCCAUAAAGACAGAGUGGUGAUAAGUGAUCCAUACACCAGGUUACUGCUGAGGCGAUAUGCUGGUGAGCAACCACCACUGAUAGAGGCAGAAGUAACAAAACUGUUUGACCUCCUUGGAUACCACAACAAGGAGCUCCAGGCUUUAGUGCAGUCAUUUGGGAGGUCUGAAAUAGCACCACCACCAUACAGACCCUUCCUAAAAAAUUUGGCUUUGGACAGUCCAAUAUGUGGCAUGUUCCAUCCAUCUGACCACCUACAACGGAUCAUACAGAAAAUGAAAAUAAAAGAUCCAAAGUCAUCGCCAGAGUUACUCGAGGAGCUGCAAAUGCAGUUACCAUUGGUUUACAAGUUGGUGUGUUCAAUCAACCAUACCCCAUACCAUUUGGUGGAAUUGCUAGAGUCCUUAGUUGAAAAAGCAGCAAACAGUUAUCCUGAAAACACCACUGCCACUUCUUUGAUGGACAAUCACCUUCUCAAGGACAGCUUUUUCCCAUCACUCCUACCAUUAAGAUCUCGAGGGACCUACAAGAUGGAUUUUACAACUAAUAAAAAGGGCAAAUACGAAUGCACAAAGAGCAAAGGACACCCUAGUUUGCUACCUGGUGUUUUCUGCCUCUUCUGUGAACAUGGAGUUUGCUAUGGAUAUGAGUUGAUGGAUUCUAGUGAAUCUCCAAAUGUUCCAUUUACAUUGAUAUUAACUCGGUUCAAAAAAGCUCCAUCUAUGGUCAUUUACGACAAUGCUUGUAGGAUGCACUCUUACUGUCUGAACAGGCAUCCUGAUUUCUUCAAAGACACAUGGUUUCUAGUCGAUCGACUGCAUUGGUUUAACCAUCGAGGGUGUAAUGAUGGGUACAACCUAAAUGAAUAUGUGCAAUUCAAUACCAUAAACAGUCAGGCUGCAGAGCAAUGCAACAGUUCCCUAGGAAAACUUAAAUCAAUGCUUUCUUACAUGACAAAUUACAACUUUCAUCUUCAUUGCAAGUUCUACCUGUGGGUUCUUAAUAAAAGAAAACAGAAUGCUAACAAGUGAUUAUGUGAAAAAGAUUUCCAAAAAUUUGUUGAUUUUUUUAGUUAAUUUUUUUGUUAAAUGUGUCUUCAUCAAUAAGUUUUUUCACUGGGUAGUUUUCAAGUUUUUUUUUCUCUUUUCCUAAUCACUCACUGGAAAGCAUGAAUUCAAGAUAUUGCUUCAUGAGUAAUAACUGCAGUUUUACUUAAAUUAUACAGUAUUUAACAUUAUUCAAAAUACUUAAUUUUAAUUAUUUUGUGUGUGAGCUUCUUGUCAGAUAUAAUUUUUAGUUAUCUUGAUUAUUUCUUUUAAAGUUGGUUGCAUAAAUUUUUUUUCCUCUUUAUCCAAAUCUCCCAAUCAACUACAUUGCUCUCUUCACUUCUAACUGGAAUGAGGAACGGAAAUUAUUUUUUUUCUUUCAAAUAAUUCAACUAGGAGUACACAAAAACAUUCUGAUCAGUAUUCAUUUAAGUUGUAGGUACGUUUGUUUUAAAAUAUACAUACUUCACUUACAUAUUUGAACACUUUUCCAAUGAAAUAAAGGUAAAACAUUCAAUUUUUUCAUGCAAAUGUUUGUCCUCAGAUUGUAAAGAUUUCUUCACAAAUUAUUUAGGUGCAUGAAUUUUCAUCAUUGGUUUAAAAUUGUGAAGCUCUCCAAAAAAAAAGUAAUACAGGUGAGAUGCUACAUAUCAUUGUGUCAUGUGACCCUGUGAAUUAACAUAUCACAGUAUUUGUUGUGUUAUACAUGUUAACCAAUUUACUGUAUUUUCUUGUCCUCAUGUUGUUGAUACAAUAAAAUUUGAAAACCUGUUUGCAGUGUUACGGACUUACGAAAUAUUAAUUAGGUUAGUUGUAUUUCACACUUCCAUUUUAACUUUCAGUUUAUGCUCAGAUUGUGUCAAAACCCUAUCAUGAUCACUGAUGUCUUCAAGGUAAACAAUGCGUUUCAAGUCUGAAAAGUUCUAUGAAGAAAUUGGACACUUACGGAAAAGAAGCUGUAUAUAGAUUAUGUAAACAACUAACUUCAAAAUAUAUAUGGUUUAAAGCAAAAACUUACACGGUAGAGGCACGAUCAUCGCAAAACUUGAGGCUGAGUUGAGCAGCUGUAAAUACCAGCGGGAAAAACAUGGAGGAG